CUAAGCGGUUCGUGGAUACCAACAACACAUCACCCCUUCUCGUCUCGCUCACAUUGACUAUACCACUUUCAUCCUCACGCGAUAUCUCUGAAUCCAUCUAUAUCAGAAAAUUUCUCAAAACUGACCACCCGGAUUUUAACAGGAUGCCACCACGACGGCCGCAACGUCACAGACCCAUCACAAUUUCCACGUUUGCUGGGCUCUUUUCCUUGGUCAUGCCAACGAUGUCGUGUUUGCGCAUCUACUCCAGAACGGGGUCUCUCCUCCCAUUCGGAUAUACUUGUGCCGUCUCAGCCGCGAGUUUUCUUCUUUACGGAUACGACAAGAUCCAGGCGCGCCACAUGGAAUGGAGGGUGAAGGAGAUUACUCUGCACACCUUUGGGUUGCUGGGUGGAUGGCCUGGUGCCCUCGCGGGCAUGCACUAUUUCCAGCACAAGACGAGAAAAACGGCGUUCCAAGUGCCGUUCUGGAUGAUCGUUCUGACAUGGCAAUUUAUGUGGUGGGCCAUUUGGAAUGGCGACUUUCCGGGCUACGAGGGAGCGCUGCGGAGGUAA